AUGCUCAGCCUCAUCAAGUUACCACGAGUCUUCACCAUCAAUCAGGUGCCCAAAGUUUUCCACGAGGACAGCAUCAUCUCCGGCUACCGGCACCCUCGCAGCUCCGCCACCGACUGCGUCCUGAGCCUCUUCCAGCUGACCAAUGAGACGCUCAACAUCUGGACACACUUUCUGCCCACAUGGUACUUCCUGUGGAAACUGGUGACGGUGGUGCUGAUGCAGACAGCAUGGCAGGACUCCUUCCUCUGGCCUCUGGUGGUCUUCCUGCUCUCCUGCUGCAUUUAUCCGCUGGCAUCGAGCUGCGCUCACACCUUCAGCAGCAUGUCAGCUCGGGCACGUCACAUCUGCUUCUUCUUUGACUACGGCGCCCUCAGUCUCUACAGCCUGGGUUCAGCGAUCACCUAUUCAGCUUACGUUUUCCCGGACAAGUGGGUGAAUGGCUUCUUCCACCAGUGGUACGUCCCCAUCGCUGUGUUCAACGCCAUCAUCUGCACCGGCAUUUCCUGCUACUCCAGGCUUGGAUUACCAUUUCUGCAAUAUAAUCAUGACAUCGUGAAGAGAUUCCCUGAGAGCCAGAGCCCAAAGUUCAGCAAAUACCUCCGUGUUGUUGCCUUUGCCUACCCUUACCUGUUUGACAACAUUCCUCUGUUCUACAGGGUGUUUCUGUGUGAAGGAGAGGGCUGCACAGACAAUGAAACCAACAUCCUCCACAUCAACCACAUCGCCUUGGCGUUCCUCACUGGCUUCCUGUUUGCUACACAUUUACCUGAGCGGCUGGCACCUGGCAGCUUUGACUACAUAGGUCACAGCCAUCAACUCUUCCAUGUGUGCGGCAUCCUCGGCACACACUUCCAGAUGAAGGCCAUUGAACAGGACAUGGUGACCCGCCGCCCCUGGCUCCGUGAACACUCCAUGCCCAUCACUUCUGCCAACUCAGUGGGAGCAGUGCUGCUUUGUGUGGUGGUGAAUCUGAUAAUCAUCAUCCUUUUCAGUCUACCUCUGCUCUCUGCUCCAGUCUGCCAAGAAAAGAAACAUGAUAAAGCUCCAAAGAAAACCUCAGCCAAGCUCGGCCCCUGCUGCUAA